AUGGCGCCGCCGUCUCGGCCAGGUCCCGGGCGCCCGAGCCUCCGUCCCGGAGUACGAACCGCAACGGCAGGCUCGUCGAGGCUAGGAGCAGGGCGGCACGCGCCAACCUCGCGCCUGGCGCGGGCGGCAUCACCAGCGGACUCGGUUAUGUCGGUGGCAACAUCAGCCACGACAGGUGCCAAGCGCAAGGAGCGCGACUUUGACCCCGACGAUGGGGAGGCUACGAACAUCAAUGUUGUCGUGAGGUGUCGCGGGAGGAACGAUCGGGAAGUUAAAGAGAACAGCGCUGUGGUGGUGCGGACCGAGGCGACCAAAGGGAAGCUGAUCCAACUUUCAAUGGGCCCAAAUUCGGUCAGCGACAAGACGUACAACUUUGACCGUGCCUUUUCGCAAGCCGCAGACCAGAAUAUGGUUUUUGAGGAGGUGGUAAAGCCAGUCCUGGACGAGAUGCUCUCGGGCUACAACUGCACCAUCUUCGCCUACGGGCAAACUGGCACCGGCAAAACAUACACAAUGUCCGGCGACCUAACCGAGACCAUGGGCAUGCUGUCCGAUAACGCCGGCAUUAUCCCUCGGGUACUCCAAGCCCUGUUCAAGAAGCUAGAGCUUGACGAGCAAGAAAACUCGGUCCGAUGCUCGUUUAUUGAGCUGUACAACGAGGAACUGCGGGAUCUUCUUUCGUCCGACGACAACGCGAAGCUCAAGAUCUACGACGAUACAUCAAGGAAGGGCCACUCUACGACAAUGGUGCAAGGAAUGGAGGAGAGGUACAUCCUGAACGCCGGUGACGGCCUCAAGUGGCUCCGAGAAGGCAGCAUCAAGAGGCAGGUAGCGGCCACAAAGUGCAACGAUCUGAGCAGCAGAAGUCAUACCGUCUUUACGAUAACGGUAUACGCGAAACAAAAGACGGAGAACGGGGAGGACUUCCUCAUGCUGGGAAAGCUGAACCUGGUCGAUCUGGCUGGCAGCGAAAACAUCCAACGGUCGGGGGCGGAAAACAAGCGCGCGGCCGAGGCAGGGCUGAUCAACAAGAGCUUGCUCACCCUAGGACGGGUCAUCAAUGCCUUGGUUGACCGCAGCCCUCACAUUCCGUACCGAGAGUCAAAACUCACUCGGCUGCUGCAGGACUCGCUAGGCGGCAGGACAAAAACAUGCAUCAUUGCGACGAUAUCUCCGGCCAAGAGCAACCUCGAAGAGACCAUCUCAACACUGGACUAUGCUUUCCGGGCCAAGAACAUCCGCAACAAGCCGCAGCUGAAUGCGCUGACUAACAAGAAGACGCUUCUGCGGGAUUUCACCAUUGAAAUCGAGCGGCUCAAGGCCGAACUAAUUGCGACGCGCCAACGCAAUGGCGUCUACUUGUCGAACGACAUGUACGAGGAGCUGACAGUGCAAAAUGAAUCACGCCGCAUCUUGACGGAGGAGCAAGCGGCCAAGAUCGAGACUCUCGAGACGAAUCUAAAAAACAAACUGCAGGAACUCUUGUCGGUGACGUCAAACUUUAUGGGGCUGAGGAAGGAGCACGAAGAGACGGUGGCUCAGUUUGAUGAGGCCAAGGAGGUGCUGGAGCAGACCGAGAUCGUGCUCACAGCCACCAAGAAGGCACUCGCCGAAGAAACCCAGCUCCGCAAAGCCCACCAGGCGACGGAAGAGCAGCUGGCGCUCCUUGGGGGCGACCUACUCAGCACGCUCGAAAGGACGGUUGGCGACAUCAGCAGUCUGCGCGCGAAGAACAGGCGCAAGUCAGACCUACACAACCUCAACCGAAGCACAUGGAACAUGUCACAGGCGCACGUCGCGGAUAUUACCGAGCUCGUGGAGGGCCGUAUCGAAGAGUUCCGGCAAGGCCAGGAGGAGCACAUUUCCAACGUGUCGCAGCGGAUGCAACUUUUCGUCAAGAACGAGCUGGAAAAGCUGUCAUCAACCCAGAGCUUCCUCGACGAGAACCUGUCACAAUUUGCCGAGUCAAGGACACAGCUCGCCGCGCAACAGGAACGCUCGUUGGGGAAGGACUGCAAGUCGGUGUUUGAGGAACUGCUGCGGCACAUACGCGCGCAGAAGGCCGAGUCGGACAGACUCAAACAUGAGCUGGAGGAGGCGAGCCAUGCCAUCGUCGAGUCGAACGAGUCGGUCUCGACAAGGAUACAGGAGGUUUUGGACGAGGAGCGGGCACAGGCAGCAGUGGAGCGGCAGGCCCUUCUUGCGCAAAUGACGAAACUCAUCAACUCGCAGGCCGAGCUCCAAGAGUCUCGCCUAGCCGAAAAGGCCGCUCUCGUCCAGGACAGCAUUGCGGAAUCCAACAAGACCUUCCAGGGCAGCGUUUCAGAGUACUCGGCGGGGAUGAACGCGUGGAGCGAGCGAGACAGCAAGGUGCUCGAAGAGGUCACCACCUCUAGGGACGCGCUGAAAACCAGGCUCAAGGAUGACUGGACAGUCGCAAGCAAGCACAGCACCUCGAUCCAAACUACUACCAAGUCGGUCCACGCCGAGACGGUGCGGGUGGUGGAGGAGCAAAUCCAGGACCUCGACGUGCAAAUGCAGGACCUCGACGACUUUGUAUCGCGCGCCAAGUCGCACAACGCGAAUCACCACGAGCGGCACAACGAGUCAGUGCAGGGCCUGAACACGACUGUGGAGCAGUCCUUCAACAACAUAUCCGGCCAUUUCAAGGAAACGUUUGGCAGGGUGCAGACCCUCGGCGAGGAAAUGAAGGCCGAUGCCGAGACACUCGAAAACGCCCUCGAGCCCCUCGACGAAAACAUCUGCCAGCCCCUAUCCGAGCUCCGAGACAGCGUCCAAAAGACCGAGCUGGCCGAAUACGAGCCGACAGGCGAGAGCCCGGAAAAGACCAAAUACGACUACCCCACCGAGCUGCCUCGCACCGACGCGCACGAGCUGCUCCUCGCCGCCAUGCGCGAGUCGCCCACCCGCAACAGCAGCAACAACAGCCCCUACCCACCAAGCACCAUCGUCCUCCCGGACAUCAACCUCACCCCGGUGCGCUCCCCGACCCGCCCCGCCACCUCGGACAGCCACCACUCGGAGGGCCUGCGCGAGGUCGACCCUAACCUGGCCUCGGCUACGAAGGCUACGACGGGGGGCGCCGUCAUGAUGUUCGAUGCCGCGCCGAACAUGCUCUCGCCGUCGCCCGCUGCGGCCGGCGCCGGCGCGGGUGGCGAAAUUGCCACGCCGCUGCCGCUGCUCAAACCGACCACCAACGCGAGGGCUAGGGCGUCCCGGCUGGCGAAGCGGGUGGGGGGGAUGGGCGCGGUGGCAGAGGGGGCGGAGAACUUGCCGCCGCCGGCGAUGAGGAGCUCGACUAGGAGGAAGAGUCCGCGGUUGCGUUAG